UCAACCGGAUCCCUUAUCCCACGGCCAAAUCGGCACCCAACUCAUCGAUCCGCGAGAUCAAAGCGUCAACCAAUCAUCUUCUCCCUUUCCUCCCUAUAUAUAAUAUGUUCUUUCGCCACCUUUUCCUGUCCCCACGAUCAUCGGCCAAAUCGCUCCCUCCUUUCGCUUGCUUCAAAACCCUCGUACCCGAGCUCCAUUUUCGCUCUCCAAUGGCGCCCAAGGCGGAGAAGAAGCCCCCGGCGGAGAAGAAGCCCUCGUCGGAGGCGGCGGAGAAGGCGCCGGAGGAGAAGGAGAAGAAGCCCUCCGCCGCGGCGGCGGAGAAGAAGCCGAGGGCCGAGAAGCGCCUCCCCGCGUCCAAGGACGGGGACAAGGCGAGCAACAGGAAGAAGAAGAAGGCGAAGAGGAGCUCGGAGACGUAUAAGAUCUACAUCUUCAAGGUUCUGAAGCAGGUUCACCCCGACAUCGGGAUCUCGAGCAAGGCGAUGAGCAUCAUGAACUCCUUCAUCAACGACAUCUUCGAGAAGCUCGCGCAAGAAGCUUCUCGACUCGCCCGAUACAACAAGAAGCCCACCAUCACCUCCCGCGAGAUCCAGACCUCGGUGCGCCUCGUACUCCCCGGCGAGCUCGCCAAGCACGCCGUCUCCGAGGGCACCAAGGCAGUGACCAAGUUUACUAGCUCUUGAAGCGAUCGGAGAGUAGGGUUAGGGUUUUGGAUUUGUGGAUAUUCCUCGUCUAAUCUCUCGGUCCUCCUUUUAGUUUGGAAGGUCUCUAUUUUGGUUUUCGAUGUAAUAUAUCUCUUAAGUCUAUCCUGAAUUAACAAGUAUUAGUUUUAAAUUUUGCUUUUUGUAGCACUAAUUACGAUUACUAAGUAUAAGAGUGUGACUGUUUCAAAGUACUACAGCCCUGCAAUAUAUAAUGUUUAUAAAUGAUGGUAUUGAAAGGGGCAUUGUGGCAUUGAGUCUA